AUGGCACCCCACUCGGAGCCAGAGACAAUAUCAAAAAAAAAACGUUUAGCUCUAGCACUUAGGAUAUUUGCUAAACUAGACUUUGAUGAGGGCGUUGCUGGCCACAUCACUUUGAGGGAUUCAAUUGACCCGACAAGGUUCUGGGUGAAUCCAUUUGGCGUGGACUGGCAGCUCCUAGAAGCCUCGGACUUGAUUCUCGUCAAUAAGGAUGGACAGGUGGUUGAUGGUGAUCCAUGUCCCUACAUGAUCCAUCAUGCUGUGCACACCGCCCGUCCUGAGAUCAAUUGUAGACCUCUUGAGAUCAUAACUCAAGAUGCAUGUGCAUUUCACAAUGACAUCGCACUCUAUUCCGCGUUUCGUGGCAUAGUACUUGCAGCCGAUGAAGGCAUUGCCAUUUCAAGAGACCUUGGUCAAAAGAAGGAAGCCCUGCUUCAGAAUCAUGGUCUCUUAACGUGCGGUAAGACCAUCAAGGCAGCAGUCUGGUGGUCUAUGAGUUUGGAGAAAGGCUGCCAUGUACAGCUGCUGGCAGAUGCAGCUUCAGGUGGCCGAGGUGAGGAAACUGUCAAAGUAAGUGAUGAAGAUGCGGCUUUUACUUGCAAGGCUGUUGGUACAGAGAAGACUGGGCGGUACAGCGCGAAGCCGAUAUUUGAUAUGAUGGAACACGAGAGCAGAAUGAUGUAG